UUGUGACCCGCCAUAAACAACAAGAAGAAGAAGACGUAUUGCGAGCGUGUUUGACUUUGGCGUGCGGCUUGAAUGACGUUGACGUUGACUGCCUUUGUGACAAUAGUUCAAAACAAGAAAAUGCUGCUUAUAUCUCAUCGUGUGAAGUUGUGUUCGCUAGCGUUCACGGCCGCUCGGAUGUAUAGCAACGGCCCGGCUGUUGCCAACAGCAACCCGACGGUUUUCUUCGACAUUUCGGCAGAUAACGAGCCACUCGGCAGGGUAACCUUUGAGCUUAACGCGGAAGUUGUGCCUAAAACUGCAGAAAACUUCCGGGCCCUGUGCACAGGGGAGCAAGGAUUUGGAUUCAAGGGAUCCAUUUUCCACCGAGUCAUCCCUCAGUUUAUGUGCCAGGGUGGCGAUUUCACAAACCACAAUGGAACAGGCGGGAAGUCCAUUUACGGAUGGAAGUUUCCGGAUGAAAACUUUAAGCUGAAGCACACUGGACCGGGUAUCCUGUCCAUGGCCAAUGCUGGACCCAACACUAAUGGAUCCCAGUUCUUCAUCUGUACAGCUAAAACAGAAUGGCUGGACGGCAGACACGUGGUCUUCGGCAGCGUCAAAGAGGGAAUGGACGUGGUGAAAAAAGUGGAGUCUUUUGGCUCGCGCUCGGGACGCACCUCCAAGAAGAUCACCAUCACCGACUGUGGCGAGCUCAAGUAGAAACCCCAACUCAACCCCCCACUCCCCAUAAUGUUAUCCAUUAUCUGCUGUUAUCCAUUAACUCAGGCAACAACUGAGGAGCUAUCCACACGGAAAUGUUUUCAGGUCAAAACGGCGAAGUACUUCAUCGUUUAAGCCUCUCAUGCACAUGGAACCAGUGCCCUGAAACUGCUUUUUUUUUUUUUUUUUUAAACUGCUUCCAGAGGGAGAAAAUCUGAAAACGCCCACUGCCACCCCGUCACUGUCAUGUGACCAGAAGUGAGCUUUGACGACAGGCCAACAUAAUAUCUAAAUAUUUUGACGGACAUGACACCCCCGCAGUCGACAUUGUCCAGAUAUUUUGUUGUCGUAUAUUCCUUAAUGACUUGCAGAAGUGUCUACAUGAGCCUUGGAAAGCGGAAGACGACGUACUUAUGCGCAUGUGUUUUUUCUUCUAUGGUUUGGUGUGUCACGUGGCUCAGUCUGCGCGCAUGUAGGUGUGCCUCGUGUAUUACAUCGUUACACUCUGUGAUCUGUUCCCAUCUGGAUGCAACUACAUACUAAUCCGACACAGUGUGCACGCACAUUUUUUUCAACCUGCCAAAAAAAAACAACCCAGGAGCGUUCCCGUGUGGACAGGGCCUGAAUGCACUUGAAUGUCUUGACGAGAAAUGUGAGCCAUUGUCUUCAUUGGAAAAAGAGGCAUUUAUUUGUAAACAAAACAAUAAAGUCAUAUUUUU